AUGUGGUUUAAUCCAAGUGGUUUUACUGGACCACGACGUAAAAAAUUUAAAGGGAAGAAUAAUAAGGGUUUCAAUACCCCUGGAGCUAGUUCGAAUGGACGUAGCUCAGGAAGUUCUGGAGUUUUAGCUCCAUUCUGCCAGAAUUGUCGGAGGAGACACUAUGGAGUGUGUCAUCUUGGUCCAGGAGCGUGCUUUGCUUGUGGCCAACAAGGCCAUUAUGCAAGACGGUGUCCGAUGUCAGGAGCACAAGGGUCUACUGCCAGUGUUGCUCAACCUUUUCAGCAGCAGCGGAGGCCUGUGUUUCUGACGGCAUCUGGGCAAGGUCAGACUGGUAAAACAUUUACCGGUCAGAGAGGAAGAGGUUUUGGCAAUAAUCGAGGUGGAGGAAGAAAUGGUGGGGGAAGAGGUACUGGCCAGACUUCUCAAGCAGAAGGAAGUCAAGCCAGAGUGUUUGCACUAAACCCAAAGGAAGCUCAAGCCUCUAAUGCAGUUGUGCAAGGUAUUUUUUACUAUAGCUUCUAUGGAUCCUUUAGUAUUAUUUGA